AAGAUGCAGUGGACGCCAGAACAUGCCCAGUGGCCAGAGCAGCACUUUGACAUCACUUCAACCACCCGCUCUCCCGCCCACAAGGUAGAAGCUUACCGUGGACAUCUUCAGCGCACCUAUCAGUAUGCCUGGGCUAACGACGACAUCUCUGCUCUCACAGCCUCAAAUCUGCUAAAGAAAUAUGCAGAAAAGUAUUCCGGCAUUUUGGAAGGGCCAGCCGAACGUCCCAUCCUGGGUAACUAUGUGGAGCCUCCAUCAGGGCUGGUGAAUGGUCGCAAAAGUGAAAGUGAGCCCUGGCAGCCUUCUUUGAACUCUGAGAGUGUUUAUCCUAUGAACUGUGUCCCAGAUGUUAUUGCCGCCAGCAAAGCUGGAGUAAGUACUGCCCUCCCUCCGGCAGAUGUCUCUGCCAGUAUAGGGAGCUCACCUGGGGUGGCUAGUAACCUGACAGAACCUAGUUACUCAAGUAGUACAUGUGGAAGUCAUUCAGUCCCUAGUCUACAUUCAGGGCUCCCAUCUCAGGAAUAUGCCACAGGAUAUAACGGAUCGUACCUGCAUACAAGUUACAGUGGCCAGCCAGCACCUGCACUUCCUUCACCUCAUCCCUCUCCUUUGCAUAGCUCUGGGCUUUUACAGCCACCCCCUCCGCCACCGCCGCCACCAGCCCUAGUGCCAGGCUACAAUGGGACAUCCAACCUUUCCAGUUAUAGCUACCCACCAGCAAGUUAUCCCCCUCAAAGUGCUGUUGGGCCUGGCUAUAGCCCUGGUGGAGCACCACCUCCUUCAGCCUAUCUGCCUUCAGGUAUCCCUGCCCCAACUCCUCUUCCCCCCACCACAGUACCUGGGUACACCUACCAGAGUCAUGGGUUAACGCCCAUUGCGCCGUCGGCCCUGACCAACAGCUCAGCAACUUCUCUCAAGAGAAAAGCUUUCUAUAUGGCAGGACAAGGAGAAAUGGACUCCAGCUAUGGAAAUUACAACUAUGGCCAACAGAGAUCUACACAAAGCCCCAUGUACAGGAUGCCUGACAACAGCAUUUCCAAUGCCAGCAGAGGGAAUGGCUUUGACCGAAGCUCUGAAUCCUCCUCCUUGGGCUUUAAGCCAACCAAACAAAUCAUGGCUUCCGAGCAGCAAAGGAAAUUUAACCAGUCUGGUCGGGCUCUGACGCCCCCUUCCUAUAGUUCUGCUAAGAAUUCCCUCGGCUCCAGAGCAAGUGAGCCCUUUGGGAAGUACAGCUCUCCUGUCAUGAACGAACACAGCGAAGAACAUAGGCAGCUUCUUCCUCAUCCAAUGCAAGGCCCAGGACUUCGUGCAGCUACCUCAUCCAACCACUCUGUGGACGAGCAACUGAAGAACACUGAUGCGCACCUCAUGGACCUUGUGACCAAUGAGAUUAUCAACCAAGGACCACCGGUGGACUGGAAUGACAUUGCUGGACUAGAUUUGGUGAAGGCUGUCAUUAAAGAGGAGGUUUUAUGGCCAGUCUUGAGGUCAGAUGCAUUUAAUGGGCUGACUGCUCUACCUCGGAGCAUCCUCUUAUUUGGACCUCGGGGCACAGGCAAAACAUUACUGGGGAGAUGUAUAGCUACCCAACUAGGUGCCACAUUUUUCAAACUCACAGGCUCUGUUCUUGCCACAAAGUGGUUAGGAGAAGGAGAAAAAAUUGUUCACUCUUCCUUCCUGGUGGCAAGGUGUCGACAGCCCUCGGUGAUUUUUGUUAGUGACAUUGAUAUGCUCCUUUCAUCCCAAGUGAGUGAAGAGCACAGUCCAGUCUGUCGGAUGAGAACCGAGUUCCUUAUGCAGCUGGACACUGUGCUCACUUCUGCUGAGGACCAAAUAGUAGUCAUCUGUGCCACCAGUAAACCGGAAGAAAUAGACGAAUCUCUUCGAAGGUACUUCAUGAAACGACUUUUAAUCCCACUUCCUGACAGCACAGCCAGGCACCAGAUAAUAGUACAGCUGCUUUCACAGCACAAUUACUGCCUCAGCGAUAAGGAGGUUGCACUGCUAGUCCAGCGUACAGAAGGCUUUUCUGGACUCGACGUGGCUCAUUUGUGUCAGGAAGCCAUAGUGGGCCCUCUCCAUGCCAUGCCAGCCACAGACCUUUCAGCCCUUAUGCCCAGUCAGUUGAGGCCUGUCACGUACCAAGACUUCGACAAGGCUUUUUGCAAAAUACAGCCUAGCAUCUCUCCAAAGGAGCUCGAUACAUACGUUGAAUGGAACAAAAUGUUUGGUUGCAGUCAGUGACAAGUCGUC